AUUUCUGAAAUAAAAUCAGCCCACAAAGAUUCCACCCCGAAGUGGUAAAGAUCUUUUGUGUAAAAAAAAAAAAAAACUUUCUUUUUUUUUCUUCUUGUUUUUUCUUUAAAUAACAAACUAAUAGAUAACACAAUUUAUACGAUGGAGGCAUUUUCAAGACCUCCACCCAAUACGAACACAGCAAAGAAUGAAGAACAGUCUGAAUCAUACCAAUCAUUAUCUCAAUUUGAUGAAGAGUUACAGCAACAAGCGUUAAUAGCCAUGGAACAAGAAAUCGAAGCCUGGAAAGACUUUGAAAACUACAUGCCUCCUGAUCCCAACUUUUUUUAUAAUAACAAUAGACAACUUAAUAAUGAUCCGCGAUACACCAAUGCACAAUCACCCAUGAUAAAUACAGAGCUUGUUGAUUUGGUUUCCAAUACCGGCUUACCGUCUACUCAAAUGCGUCAAAAUAGCACUUAUCUUUGGCCAACUCAGGAGCCCAAUUCGAAACAGACAACAUUGUCCGCUGAGACUACAGCUAGUGUGAGUCCAUCGCUUCAUCACCCAUCACCAUUUGGAAGCCCAGACUCCAUGUUUCAUGAUUCAGAUACAUUGGAUCAUUCACCUAGUCUCUAUCAACAACAUUCAUCUCCCAUAUCUGCUUAUCAAACACCUUCUGAAACCCCAACACAUUCACCCAAAAUUGAUUUAUUUACUGCGCCUAACAAUUUUCGUGUUCAACAACCUCCAAAUAAGCUUUUACCCAUACAACCCUAUACAGGUACUGAUAAACCCGCGCACCAAAAAUCACCGUCGAUCACAACAAACCCACCACCUUUUGUACCCCAACAAAAAAAGAAGAAGGCCCAUAAUGCCAUUGAACGUCGCUAUCGUAAUAAUAUCAAUGAUCGUAUCACCGAAUUAAAGAAUGCGGUACCUGCGCUUUUACAUGCCAGAGUAAAAUCAAACACCAAACGAUCCCAUCAUCAUCAAGAAGACGACGAGGAUGAUGAAGAAGAUUGUGAAGACUACAUUGAUGGUGUUGCCAUUGCUACCAAAUUAAACAAGGCUACCAUCUUGCGUAAAGCCACUGAAUAUAUCUUACAUUUGAAACGCACGAGUGAUGAUUUACGUCUUGAAAAUGAGAAUUUGCAGCAUUUAUUAAGUCAAUUACCUGGCGGACAUGAUAUUCUUGGUAGAUACCGAGUGCAAAAGACACACCGAGAACAAGAAAUCAAGCGACAAGAACUUCAAGAUCAAGCUGUGGAAAAACACCGACAAAGAAAAGAACAAGCGAAUAGUAAAAAACGGUCAAGACAUGAUGCAGAUGAAUCUGGUACUUCUUCAGGUUCUUGUGAAUUAUCUACACCCGUACCCAUUCGACAAAAACUUUAUCACUCUCCAAAAAUCGUUAUUCCUACUCCUCCUCCUCCUGCUGCUGCUGGUACAUCCAUGACAAAUCGUGUUUUUAUGGCCUUAUUUAUGGCCAUCAGUUUUUUUUCAGCAUCGCCUCUGUCUGCAGGUCCUACAUCCAAAGAACAAUUUGAAAGUCAUAAUCAUAUCUCUCGUACAGCAGAAGAAUUAGGUUAUUCCAAUAGCAGCUCACCCACUUCCUACCUCGGCUCUCUCUUUCCUCUCUCCGAUGGAUGGUCUGCAUUCAGAACCACUGUGUUUGCCAUCUGCCUUGUCCAAUUGAUGUUUCCCAUGUUAAAAUUCUGGUUUUCGUUCAGUUUUAUCAAGGUGAAGAAAGUCAAUAAGAAAUCACGUACGAGAGCGGACUCUCGAUCUUCCUUGAACGGCAAUAUUGCGUCUCAUCUGACUCCACUUACUCCGGGCGAUCAAAAAUGCAUGCAAAUCUAUACCAUUCUUGUCAAAUCAUUAGAGAAUGAACAACAUACCUAUUCAAACACCAUUCUUCCCCAAAAACACUAUAACGCCUUUGGUUUCUUUUAUGUGUUGGGUAAAGAAAUCGUACGUUUUGUAUCUCGGCAUUGGCUUGGUUAUGAAAUUCUGUACGACGACCAAAAUUUGACCCCACAAGAACAAUGGGUACAAGUAUGUAAAUGGAUAAAGUUGAAUGAAGUCGAAUGUCUUGGUGGAAACCCUCAAGUGACUCGGUGUUCUAUGCUCUACUCUUGCCUUCACAUGCUCAACUUGAUUGAACUAAUGGAAGAUGAUGAAAAUGAAUACGUGGAACAAUCCCGUUCUCGUGUCUAUGCUACAGCUGCUAUGCAAAUGGCGCUUGUGAUUCCUCAUCACGGACUUUCUGAGAUGCUCUCACGUUACUUUUGGCGACUCUCCAUGUAUGAAUCCGGACUGGAAGAUGAUCCCUUGAUGCGUGCCCUUAUUUUCGAUUGUCAUGAAGAUAACGGUGAAGAUCGUAUGGAAGUCAUGUUAAAGUCGCGUGCAUGGAACGAAACCUUGGAGGUAAUGAAUCAACAGCUGGAACAUUUUGGUAAAGCAGAAACAUCUGGUCUUUCGCUCUCUAUGACAGCGCCUGUUUUAUUACCUGUCGGUAUCUUGUCUACGUUACAUUUGUUGGAUAAUUUACAAACCCAGUUUGGUCGACUGAUUAUAUCUGUUACUGCUAAACCCUUGACAACAAGUCAGGUCGAAUCUGAUUUCAAUGAGACGGCGUUUGCUCAGUUACUAGACAUCACAGACCCACAAGAUGUAAAUGAAAAGGUGGAUGAUUACCAUCGAUUAGCUCAUUGGUUAGCAGCCGUGGGCGGUACGGUCGAAGCCUUAUGGAAGAGUGAUACAGAAACAGCCAACAAAUUGAUCAAGACACUUGUUCAAAAAGUGCCACGUUCAUUGGUUUCACGCGAAUUUAUUGGUGGUGGCGAUAGUCGGGAUUUGGUUGGCCAUAAGGAUCGCAUGAACAGGUUAGACGAAUUAACCAAGAAAAGCAUGAUACAUACCCUUGUUGGUGCUACCUUGCUGAAAAAAGGUGCUGAACAACAACGUCAAGGUGUGCAAGAACUUUGGAAAGCAGAACAGAUAAAAACUUCCAUCAAGAAAUUAAUGACCAAGAAUGGAUCCAAAUGCCUUCAACACGACGACCAAGAGGAUCUUGAAAGUUCUGUGCUGGCUCUAGCAGAAUUCGUUACUGCCGUUACUGGUUUAGAGGCUUGGAUCUCUGCAUGGCGAUUAGCACCUGUGUUGGCCGAUGCACAACGUGAUGCAUGGGAAAACAGUAUGACGGAACAGGUGCGUCAUGCCAGUCUGAAUUUACGUCGUAUGAUAAAACGUCAUUCACUGGAUGGUCUUCGAACAAAUCAAGCUAUCGUAGAGCGUCUAAGUCGAUUGGGUGCCUUUGUAUCGAGUCAGAUUGAUGAAAUUGAUUCUGCUUGUGAUUGUUCUGAAGACGAACAAUAUGAUUCUGAUGAUCCAGAUGAUAAUCAUGUAUUAUUGCGUCGUUCAGAAAAAGCACUUGAAAUCCUUCGUGGUAUUUCAUAACCAAAAUGUAUAACCCCCCCUUACCCCCACCCUUCCCUUGUCAAUAGUUAUUUACCCAAACCCUCGUUUCUUUAUUAUUUAUUUAUAAUUUCCUAUUUUUCCUUUGUUGUCACUUAAUAAACCUUUUUUUUUGUUUAUACACACAUAAAA